GACCCUCGUUCCCUCCUCUCCCCACCCCCGGCGGCGGCGGCUGCUGCUGUUGUCACCCACCGGGCCGCCUGUCCCGCUUGCCCUCCCCGCCGCGGGGCUUGCCGGGCCGGCCGGGCCGGGACAGGCGGCCGUCUCCUCUCUGCCACCGCCGCCGCCAUGCUGGCUGCUCGCCCACCCCACUGGGGGCCCCACCGCGCCCCAGCCCCCCGUGGGCCCCGCGCCAGCCCUGACCCGGGUCUCAGCGGCGGUGGCAGCCGAGGUGCAGGAUGCGAGAAGGCGCCCCCCGGCCGGGCUCCCGCUCCAGGCCUCGCUCCCCUGCGGCCCUCUGAGCCCACCAUGGCCGUCCCACCAGGCCAUGGUCCCUUCUCUGGCUUCCCAGGGCCCCAGGAGCACACGCAGGUAUUGCCUGAUGUGCGGCUGUUGCCACGGAGGCUGCCCUUGGCCUUUCGGGAUGCGACCUCAGCCCCGCUGCGCAAGCUCUCCGUGGACCUCAUUAAGACCUACAAGCACAUCAAUGAGGUAUACUAUGCGAAGAAGAAGCGGCGGGCCCAGCAGGCGCCACCUCAGGACUCGAGCACCAAGAAGGAGAAAAAGGUCCUGAACCAUGGUUAUGACGAUGACAACCACGACUACAUUGUGCGCAGUGGCGAGCGCUGGCUGGAGCGCUACGAGAUUGACUCACUCAUUGGCAAAGGCUCCUUUGGCCAGGUGGUGAAAGCCUAUGAUCAUCAGACCCAGGAGCUGGUGGCCAUCAAGAUCAUCAAGAACAAAAAGGCCUUCCUGAACCAGGCCCAGAUUGAGCUGCGGCUGCUAGAGCUGAUGAACCAGCACGACACAGAGAUGAAGUACUACAUAGUGCACCUGAAGCGGCACUUCAUGUUUCGGAACCACCUGUGCCUGGUGUUCGAGCUGCUUUCCUACAACCUGUACGACCUCCUGCGCAACACGCACUUCCGCGGAGUCUCGUUGAACCUGACGCGGAAGCUGGCGCAGCAGCUCUGCACAGCGCUGCUCUUCCUGGCCACGCCUGAGCUCAGCAUCAUUCACUGCGACCUCAAGCCCGAGAACAUCCUGCUCUGCAAUCCCAAGCGUAGCGCCAUCAAGAUCGUGGACUUCGGCAGCUCCUGCCAGCUUGGCCAGCGGAUCUACCAGUACAUCCAGAGCCGCUUCUAUCGGUCGCCUGAGGUGCUUCUGGGCACACCCUACGACCUGGCCAUUGAUAUGUGGUCCCUGGGCUGCAUCCUGGUGGAGAUGCACACUGGAGAGCCCCUCUUCAGUGGCUCCAAUGAGGUGGACCAGAUGAACCGGAUUGUGGAGGUGCUGGGCAUCCCACCAGCCCCCAUGCUGGACCAGGCACCCAAGGCUCGCAAGUACUUUGAACGGCUGCCUGGGGGUGGCUGGACCCUACGAAGGACAAAGGAACUCAGGAAGGAUUACCAGGGCCCCGGGACACGGCGGCUGCAGGAGGUGCUGGGCGUGCAGACGGGCGGGCCCGGGGGCCGGCGGGCGGGGGAGCCGGGCCACAGCCCCGCCGACUACCUCCGCUUCCAGGACCUGGUGCUGCGCAUGCUGGAGUAUGAGCCCGCCGCCCGCAUCAGCCCACUGGGGGCUCUGCAGCACGGCUUCUUCCGCCGCACGGCUGAUGAGGCCACCAACACGGGCCCGGCAGGCAGCAGUGCCUCCACCUCGCCCGCACCCCUUGAUACCUGCCCCUCCUCCAGCACCGCCAGCUCCAUCUCCAGCUCUGGAGGCUCCAGCGGCUCCUCCAGUGACAACCGGACCUACCGAUACAGCAACCGAUAUUGUGGGGGCCCCGGGCCCCCCAUCACUGACUGUGAGAUGAACAGCCCCCAGAUCUGAAGAGCCAGAUGAAGGGAGCGAGGGACUCUGCUGGGCCAACUCAUAGCCAAGUCCACAGCUACUUUAAAAUGUUUUUAUUUAGUAAUUUUGGGUUUACAGAAAGAUUGCAAAGAUAGUACAGAGACUUCCCGUACAUCCUACACCCAGCUCCCCCGCACGUUAACAUCUUACAUAACAAUAGUUUUACAUUUGUCAAAACCAAGACGUUAACAUUGGUUAGUGUUGGAUUAACAGAACUCCGAACUUUAUUCAUAUCCCCCCUGUUUUUCCACUAAUGUUCUUUUUCUGUUCCAGGAUCCAAUCCAGGAUACCCCGUUGCAUUUACUCGUCCUGUCUCCUUGGUCUCCUCCAAUCUGUGACGGUUUCUCAGUCUUUCCCUGUCUUUCAUGAUCUUGACAGUUUUGAGGCAUAUUGGUCAGGUAUUUUGUGGACUGUCCCUCAGUCUGGUUUUUUUCAUGUUCUCUCGGUUAGACUAUAGGCUGGGGAUGAAUCCCACUGAGACUCAGGUGACCUCAUUUCAUGAAGGUGGCAUCCACCAGGUAUCUUGCCCGCGGUAUUACUGUUCUGCCCUUUCCUUACUGUGCGUGUGUUAGGAGCAAGUCACAGCAUCCAGCGUACUCUCAAAGGGAGGAGAAUUGAAUUCCGUUUCCUAGAGGGAAAAAUGUCAGAUAUUGUCUUCAUAUAUAAAAACCACCACAGUAAUUGAUAAAUGUGGGAAGAUACUUUGAGGCUGUGCAAAUGUCCGGUCUCCUCAAAGUUCCUCCCCCUGAUUUUGGCAUCCAUCAAUGGAUCUUGCCUGGGACAGUUAAUAUGGUGGUUGUCUUUUUUUUUUUUUUUUUUAAGUAGGCUCAACGCCCAACAUGGGGCUUGAACUCGUGACCCUGAGAUCAAGAGCUGCACGCUCUACCGACUAUGCCAGCCAGGCACCCUUACUGUGGUGUUCUAAUGACGCUGCUUUUCUGUUUUCCUCAGUUCUUCCCUGUAUUUUAUUUGGAGUUCUUCUGUAUGAAGAUUUGUCCAUUCCACCCCAUUUAUUUUAUUUGUACAGUCAUUGAUUUAUAUCAGUAUGGACUCACGGAUAUUUUUUGUAUUCUUUCGGUAUAACCCAAUACCAUCAAAAUUUUUUCACUCAGAUUUUUACAGGUUUGGCCUAGAGGCCCUGUCAGGUUGGCUCCUGUGUUCUUUACUCCUUUUUUUUUUUCUCCCUCAAGCACCUCCUUACUUUCCAGCACUGUAAGGAGCCCCAGGCUUAUCUGGCACUUUCCCUGGUCCUUUUGCUGGAGAAUGGGAGUAGGAACCAAGGUCUGCGCCCUGGGUGUUUUCAUUGCCGGGUGUCACUGCUUCCAGUCGCUCUCAGCUGACAAAGCUAGAAGAUGUAUGUCUGUAUACAAACCGACGUGUACAUACACAUCUGCAUCUCUGAGCGUGUGUGUGCAGGUGGAUUCUGUGUCAAUGCUGAUGAGUGCACACUGGCCAGCUCUGACUCUACUCUAGCCCUGGAAGGUCCACUCCUGCCUACCCGCCCCCCCGCCCCGCCCUUGCUUUCUUUGUAACUUCUUUCUCUGACAAUGAGAACCUGGCUCAGUGGGCACCUUUUAGUGCUCAUCUUGUUGGCCACUGUGGCAAAAAUCAGCAGUGUUGGCCAUUCCUGCCUUCUCUAAGGACACUCUCCCCUUGGUUUCUGUGAUGCUGCUGUCCCCUGAUUUUUCUCCUCUGUCUUGUUUCUUUGCAAUAAGUUCCUCUGAUUUCACCAAUUCCUUAAGUGUUGGGGGCUCUUCUCUCCUCCCAGCCCCUGGGCCAUCUUAUCCACUUUUAUGGUCUGUUUCCUGUCUCUGUGCUGGUGAUGCCCAUUCUCUGUCCUUAGCCCCAACCUCUACCUUUAGCCCCACACUUGGGCAUCCUGCGGCUUCAUAAAGGCCCCUCACCCUCAGCCCUGAGUGACCCCUGGGCCCUUAACACUCAGUGUGUCCCAAAUUCCAAACCUUCUCCUUCAGGGGUGGCCCCUCCAUAUCCCAAGUUUCCACAAAGAACCCUGGGCCUCAUCCUUGAUGCUUUCCUCCCCAACAUGCGCGCGCGCGCGCGCGCACGCACCCAGCCCGACCCAUCAGCCUCCAUGGCUUGUGCACUAGGCCUCCUAGAUACCUCUCCCACCUGCCCUCUUCUCCCCUUUCAUGGCCCUGCCUUGGUCCAACCCCACCUCUCCCACCUCAUCUCGCCUGGCCUCCUCCCUGGGCCCCUGGCCUCCUUUUUCUCACUUUCACCCACCUCCACUUGGCAGUUAGAGGGAGUUCUGUAAAACACCAAUCUGAUCACGUGUUCCUGCUUGAAGCCUUUCCGUGUUUCUCCAGCAUCCUAAGGACAAGGUUCUAACUGAUCCUGAAGGCCUGGUGUGAUGUGGCCCCCGACCAUCACUCUGCCUGUCUCCCCAAGUGUCUAAGCUCCAGACACACAGAACAUGACGUCACCAGCUCUCUCACCUGGGCCUGUGCGUGGCCCCUCCCCCUGCCCCGCCCCCUCCAGUCUAGUCAAUCCCGCCCAACCCACACUCCACCCACGGUCUUCCCACGCAUAAAUUUUGAAAGGAUCCCAGACAUCAUCAUCUAUAAGGACGAUGAACAAAAUGUAACCAGUGGUCAUUGCUGAGUGUCGGAAGGGGGCAAGGGCCUUUACUUUUAAGAAAUUUUUUGCAGUGACUGUUUUCAUUGAACACCAACGUAACACCAACAGUAGUUGUGGGAGAAAAGGCUAGCAAGGGAGAAAAUCCCAUCAUGUUUGAAUUUUAAGAGGAAAAAACGUUCGGGAAGCGUCUUAUAACUUUAAACAUUCUGCAGCGGCAGGAAAAGCGCCGUCUUUCUCUGUGUGCACAGUAACAGUCAUCAGGCCAGAAUGGAAUUGCAAAUACCCAGCUAAGGGGAUUUUUCUCCUACUGAUUUUCACAGUGAUUGUAAACACAACUUGUGUAACUUCUCUAAAUGGUGUGAUGCAAGCGUUUGGAACAACUGUCAUAUAUAUCAGGGUUUCGUAGGUGUGAAGGAAGGCAACAGAAGUAUAUCGACCUAGGGAGAAUUCUUGUCUUUACUCUGAUACCAGGGACUAUUGGGACAAUGAACUCCAUGUAAAGGAAGUAGGAACACAUCUGCGUGGAGACACCCUGUGGUUUUGAACCUGGCUGGCAUGUGCUUUAUCAUGACAACUGCCUGCAUCUACCUGGCUCCUUCAUGCCAGAUGCCUUCCUAAGCCCUUUCCAUGCAUGAAUUCAGUAAUCCUCAGCCCUCGGGCAGCUACUGUUGUCAUCCCUGGGUUUCCAUGAGGUGUGAGAGUUGACAUCGGGGACUUCAGGUUCCCUAGCUAGUAAGUGACAGCACCAGGAUUCGAACCCAAGAGUUGGAAUCUGCCUUGACCCACCUUCCUCCCGGAUUCCAUUCUUAGAGGAUGACCACAUUUCUGAUCAUGCGAUUUCUUCUUUUUGGAAGAAGGACUUCAGUGAGCUUCUCCAUCUGCUAAAAUCUUUUUUGACAUCUGCAACUAUUUAUAAAGAACAACACGUUUUUUCGCUUUUAAGGAAAAUUUCAAACAAACACAAAAGUGGAGGGAAAAGUCUAAUGAAUGUCCCAUCUCUCAGCUUCAACAGUCAUGGCCAUUCUUGUUCCAUCCACAUCCUGCACAUUUUCUCCCCUGCUCAGUUACUCUACAGUAAAUACAAGUAUGUUGUAUUAAAAGACCUUUUUUAAAGAAAAGGUCACCUACCAUUCCUUGCCUCCAGUCCUCCCCCCUGUUGGCAAAUUGACCGCCUUCCCGAUUCUCUGUUCCCUUUCCCCUCGUUUUCCAAAUGCGGACGGAUCUGUGUGUGGUGUGCCACUAUCACCAGGCUCUGUCCCUGGCUCGUUUCCUGUAACCCUACCCCCCAGGCGCUUCUCGAGCCUGAAAACUAUCCCUCUUAGUGACCACGGACAGGCUGGUGUUGUUUGGCCUGCCCAGCCUCUGCAAUGGGACAUUUAAUCUGCUUGUGGCGUUUUGCCGUGAUAGUGGCCUCUGCCCUUAUUUGGGUUAUUUUCUGGAUGCCCUCUCCACUCAACCCAGGUCAGGCCUCCUGAACUUGUACACAGUAACCCCACUUUAAGCACACAUCCUCACCAUGGUCAGAAUGAAACAGGGAUUUGGGUCCUUCUCUAUUAAUUGCCUAGGGGCUUCAUGAGGUCAGGAAUCAGGUCUGUCCUUGUCCCUGCUGUGUCCCCAGCAUCACCGAGCACAGGGCCUGGGAUGCAGUAGGUGCUCAGGAGUGGUGAUGCACUAAUGAAUGAAUGAUUGCCAAGGUCAGUAGCUGAGUGUUUGUCACGAGGGCAACAGGAAGCCACAGAAGUGUUUCAGACAGAACUGGACCCAUUUUUCUCAAAACUCAAGUGCGUGUGAAUCCCCUGGGAUCCUGUUAAAAUGGAGAUCCUGAGUUAGUGGGGCUAGGGAGGGCCUGCGAUUCUGUAUUUCUUGCAAGCUCCCCACUGACGCCAGUGCUUUGGGUAGCAAGGGUCUAGCUGUGCUGCUCAGUGCAGCACGUGGCUGUCGAGCACUUGAAAUGUGGCCAGUGUGAACUGAGAUGUACCCGCAGUGUAAGAUGCCCGCCAGAUUUCAAAGACUUAGUACAAAAAAAAGAGAAUGUAAAAUAUCUCAUUAAUAAUUUUUAUAUUGAUCACAUGUUAAUAUGGUAAUAUUUUGGCUAUAUCAGGUUAAAUAAAAUAGAUUAUUAAAAUUCA